CAGCCCGCAAUCCCAAUUUUACACUACAUCAAAACGACAUCGUCAAUCGUUGUUCCUAGCUCCACUGAAGAAUUUGACUGAAACUCAUUACCCUCAUUCGGGACUUUCGCAGCAACAUACGAUUCACUGAAAUCUAAAAAGCAGUCGGAAAAGAGAAAACUCAAAUCGGCGAAAUGGCCGGCAGAUUGAGCCACGUGGCAUCUCGCAUCAUGGGCGGUAAUGGAGUCGUGGCCCGCUCCGUCGGGUCCUCUCUUCGGACCCGCGCCGGGAUGGGCCUCCCCGUCGGCAAACACAUCGUUCCUGACAAGCCGCUCCCGGUGAAUGAUGAGCUCGUAUGGGAUAACGGAACCCCAUUUCCGGAACCCUGUAUUGAUCGGAUUGCGGAGACUGUUGGAAAGGUGAAGAAAAUAAUGUUCAAUUUUAAAAUUUGUGGAUUUUGUUUUUGAGGGUUCUUUUGUUCGGAUAUACGUUAAGAUUGGAUUUGAUGUUUCAGUAUGAAGCUCUGGCUUGGAUGUGUGGAGGCCUAACUUUUUUUGCGUCCCUUGGAUUUUUGGCACUUUGGAAUGACAAAGCUUCAAAAAUCCCUUAUGUGAGUUUUAAGUGUAUAUGCGCCCCUUUAGUUCUUUCAGUUUGAAGCAGUUUGUUGUUCAAUUAGAUUUUAAAUUUGAUAUAAUUAGUGUUCAUGUGUUAUCUUGACCGCCUGAAUAGAUUGGAGCUUUCAUAGUCAGAGAAAAGUUUUGAACUUGAUGUUUGAUCUAGAAUGGGAAGUAGGGUGAUGUGGUUCUUUAUUUUACCUUAUGAACCAUGUUUAGUUGAAAUUGUAGAAAUGUUGAUCUGAUGCAUGUCACGGGCCAAAAUGUAGUGUUUAUAUGGAGAAAGGAGUGAACUGGGAGCUUCCGUGAGAAUUUGUAUGUGGAAACUAAGGACGAUCCACUUACAAUGGCAUAUCAUAUCUUGAACUUUCUCAUGUCUUUUUAGGAAAGUUAACAUCUAGACAAUUAAAUAAUUUUGUAUCUUCAGUUAGUCCCAGUGGGCGACGUUUCUGGAACCCCUGUCUUUUGCUGUAGGGUAUCUUGGAUACAAUUAGCUAUGUUUUCGUGGAAAUCCCUUGGCUUUUUCAAGAUAUUGGACUUGCUCGUGCUCGAAGAGUAUAAGGGUGUAGAAUAUCUGGAUGGGUCUCACUGUUCUGUAGAAUUAAGUUGGUUGAAUUAAGUUGGUCAGGUUUAGGAAAUGGCUUAUUAUUGUGAAAGUUCUGUCUAUGAAUCAUUAAUCGCUCUCUCCAGACCCUUGGGUUUGUUCGAGAAGAGGUUGUAAACCUUGGGAACUGAUUGGAAAGAGUAUCAAACAUUGCAUGUCCGUGUCAUAAUUAAUUUUAAAUUUUACUCUCCUUUCGUCUGCUUAUUUUUUUUUCUUAUUUAUUUAUUUAUGGGUAGGGGUAAGAAAAAUCAUCUACCACAACUACUGAAUAUUUCACCUUUUCUUAUCUUAUAACCUUUAGGUAGUUGAGGUACUGUGCCAUUUAGAAACUUAGUCAGAUGGAUGUCAAAUCAGAUUAUGGUUGUCAUUUUAAAAGAAUGUGAUAUAUGAGAAUAUGAAUGCUUCUCUAGGGUGAAAUAAUGCACAAAUUUAAUUUUGUCACACUGGAAUUUGACAUAGUCCUUUGUCGAAAUCCUUUGGUUUUGUGUACCGAACUGCAGACUGAACGAUUCACGUCCAAAAAAGUAAAUAUUGGUAGCGAUAACUGUGUUAUAAAUUGCUGGUAUUUUUAACACCGAGUUUUUGUUGUAUUGGAUUUAUAUGUAUGUCCCUCUUUCCAACAAUCAUUGGGGUUUUGAUGUAAUCUAGUUUUCCUUCCUUGCUCAAGUAUUGGGUGAACUAAUCAUUUCUCAUUCCCAGGAUUUACUCUGUCCAUCCUUACUCUCAUUGCCAUUUUUACAUACCACAUUUUGUCCUUGAAAAUGUAUGUGGAUGACUUUUGAUUGAUCCUUGUGGUGAUACAUAGUAAUGUUUAUUUCGAACAAUCAUUGUAGUUCUUCAACUUUUUGGCACCUUGCCUUCAUGAUCUUUUUUGCCUUUGUUGUGUGCUAUCCUCUUCAGUUCUUCCAUUAGUUUGGAAGAACUACUGGAAUCUUGGGUAUGUUUGGAAGCCUGUUGUUCGGAAUAAAAUAGCUCUUCGGAGGUAUUUCUUUUGUAUAAAAGUGGU